AUGAACCUGACAGAUGCAAUACUCCCAUAUUCUGGGCCACAAUCGUCUAAUUAUUACAAUCAGUUCUUCCACCCGAACAUUUGUCACGUUUGCAAGCAGAAAAUACACGGAAGAAAUCUUAUAAGAUGCGAGUGUUUCCUGAUCUCUUAUUGCAGCGAGGAUCACAGAAUACUGCAUCUGCCGCAACACCGCGACCUCUGCAAGGCUGUAAAGGAAUUUCUGAAGCAGGAGCCGGAACAGUUAACUCGCCGUUACACUAUGAACGAAUGGGUAAAAACGCGGAGUGCAUUUUCCUUGUCAGUCCAGCUGGCUAUAUCACGGUCGUUUGAGGAGUACGAGACGCAAAUGUUCUUGUACGCAAGAUCAUGCCUUAUUUGUCACCAACAGGUCGCACUGUAUACCUGCGAAAUCUGCUUUUCCGCCGAAUGCUGUAUCGAACACACACAAGAGUUUGACCAAAAACACGAUCCUGUCUGCGACAGCCUAAUACUGUGGCUCAAUCUCGAGCUCUCGAAUGUCGAAUUCGGAGGUACAAUGCCACUGUUCUUGAAAUUCGUGAGAUUUCCGGAUGAGAAUAGACCUUUCGGUAACAUGGUCACGUUUGUUACACAAUAUAUACAAGACGAAAUGUAUGAAUGGUAUGCUUUGGAUUAUAUAUAUACUGAUUACGUAUCGGGACCGUUAACGGUAUAUUAUGGGAUGGAAGAAGCAAAUCUAUUACAUUAUCUAAAGGGAGAACCUACCUAUGUUAUUCAUGUUAUAUGUGCGGACACUUUGGACAGAAAUAGUUUGCGAGCUUGGGAAAUACUGUUACAUCUGUUACCCGACAUAAAAGUCCUAAUAAUUGUAAUGAUAGGAUCAAAAUUAAAUUAUGAACACGGUACGUUCGAAAUUUGCUCCCGCUGCAAGACUAAUAAGAAAAAAAUUAUUUAUGAAUGUUGUCAAAUGUUAUAUCAUGAAUACGUACCCAUCGCGAUAUAUAGUCAACCAAAGAUAAUCGUAGGAUUUCAAGCAUUAUUAACGAGCGGUACAGCAUGGCCAAAAAGUGUGAAAGCAAUAAGAUCUCAAGAUUGCCCGUUACUUCUAACAACUGAUAAGCUAAUUACAGUGGAAAAGGAAGUAAAUGAGAUACAAAAAGCUCUGCAUAUUAAUGUAGAACCUGUUCUUCGUGACGAAAAUAAAUUCAGAUCUUUAAGACCACGCAGGAACAUUGACAACACUGUGUCUUAUUAUAAUUCGUAUGUAAUCAUCUAUGAGACAUUAAAUAUUUUAAACAAGUCAACCGAUAGUAGUAAUAAUAACAAACAGUUAUAUUCCUACUUGGCUAAAAUGAGUUGUAAGUAA